AUGGUUUCCCGUAUGAACAGAAGUCAAGAGACCAGAAGCCAGGAUUUGGAAGGUAUCAGCAGCCAAUGCUCACUGUCUGACGACGGGGAGUCACAGGAAGAGCCCACGGAGGCUUGCCACUGUUACCGGGAUACUGAGAUCGACGAGUCCUCUCACGUCUUUAAUGGAGAUAUGGUUGAUGGCAUGAAAGCUCCACGGGUGCGGAAGCAUCAUAUGCGGGGAGGCUCGGUGAAGGGAAAGAGCAAGCUGGUUAAUGGUGACCUUGAUAGACACACCUUUCUUGCGUUUUUCUGUCAAGAUUAA